CGAUAUUGGACUUGAGGAUGAUCAAGAUGAAGGGGAACGUGAAAAAAUAAAAAAAGAAAGGAAAACAUACAUCAUGGGGUCUUUGAAUAAAAAAUACAGGAAUUAUCGUGCAAGACUGAAAGCUGAUUAUUAUGAUAUUGAGAGCACAGACGAGGAGAAGCUUAAAGAAGAAAAUAGGCCACCAAAUGUUGACAAAGAUGACUGGGAAUGGCUUGUUGAGUACUUUGGAUCAGACGAGUUUAAGGGUAAAAGUACAAGAAAUACCAAAAAUCGAUCUUACCAAGAUGCCGGACACACUUCUGGUACAAAGAGUUUUGCUCAAAAAGUUGAAGACAUGUUCGAACGUGACAAAGUAAUGCCGACCAUGCUGAAAUUGUACGAAGAAACUCAUUCAAAAAAUGAUAAGACACCGGUUACUGAAGUGGCAAAAGAAACAAUGUCAAAAAUGAAAGAGCUUUUAGCGCAACGUGAGGCGGGAGAAAUAAAGAUGACAGAUGAAGAAAUCUAUGCAAAAGUUAAACCCAUUGGUAAACGCGGUCGUGAUCGUGGCAAGGGAGUAAGCCCCUCUAUUACAUCAUUAUAUGGGUCAUUCAGUGAAGGAGAAAAACUGCGAAAAGAAGCUAAUGAGGCAAAGAUUGAGGCAAAGGAGGCCAAUGAGAAAAAUGAAGCACUUACUAAAGAGAUGAAAGUGAUGAAAAAAAAUAUGGAACUUAUGAAAGGGUUCAUGGGAAAAAUAUUUGAUCGUUUGGGUUUUGAUAUGGAUGAGUUGUAUGCGGAAGGGGAUGGGGAUGGGGAUGGGGAUGGGGAUGAGGAUGAGGUUGAGGAUGAGGAUGUGGACGAAGAGCAUGGUGAGGUGUUACGCUGAUCUGUUGCUGCUGUUACGUUGAUUUGCUUUUGUUGUUACGCUGUAAACUGCUGUUGCUGUAAGUGCUGUUGCUGUUGCUAUUGCUGUAAGUGCUGCUGCUGUUGCUGUUGCUGUAAGUGUUGUUGCUGUUGCUGUAACUGUUGUUUCUGUUGCUGUCGUUGUUGCUAUUGCUGUUGCUGUAACUGCUGUAAGUUGUUGCUGCUGCUACUGUUGCUGUAAGCUGCUGUAAGCUGCUGCUGUUGUUGCUGUAAGCUGCUGCUGUAUGCUGCUGUCUUGCUGCUGCUGUUGUUGCUGUAAGCUGCUGCUGUAUGCUGCUGUCUUGCUGCUAUUUUUCCGUUUUGUUAGACUUUUGGUUUGACUUUUCAGUGACUAUUUUUAUGCACCAAUCUAGGGAAAUUUAAACCGUCAGGAGUGAUAGUAAUAUCCGAAUAUACCAAUCAGACAUCUUCUAAGACAUGUUAUUUUUGUGGUUUUUGUUUGUUUUGGGCUUGCUCGUUGUUGCAAGCUCUAAGGUGUUUUUUUGUUUGAGAUUGGACAACAAUUGAUGUUUUUAUUGUUAAUAAUAUUAUUGAAGUUGAUAAAUAUUCGAUUCUUAUGAAAUUUGGUGGUUACUU